AUGUUAAAUUCAUUCAAAUGUAAUAAUCAUGGAUUGUAAAAAUAAUAUCUAUGCAUCGAAUAAUAUUGUAGCAUUGAAGAUAAAUUGAUUUGUAAGAAGUGCAUUCAUGAUCACUAGCAUCAUCUUAUUGUUAAUAACUAAUAGAGUAUUAAAAUGUGUUCAGAAUAUAUUCAAUUAAAGAAAUAAGUACAUGAUGACCUUCUUUUAAUAUCUAAUAAUAUUGCCAAUCUAAGAGUCAAUUUAAUGAAGGAAUUAGAAUUUAUGGAACUAAAAAUUAAGGAAGUUAUUCAACAAUUAAAGAUGAAACAAUAAAUUGAAUCUACGAUAGAAAAAUAUCUAUAAGUGAAAAAUGAAAACACAUUAACCGAAUUAGAAUAUUAAUUCAUUGCUUAAUAUUUAGGUUAGGUUUCUAAAAAAGAUCACAAAGACGUUAAAUUAGAUUUCGAUUUUAAAAUUUAAUAUGAAGCUGCUCAAUAUGUUGAAAGUCUUCUCUAAAAUGUUCAAUCUAAAAUGUAGGUCUUAAAUCCUUAUAGAAAUAUCUAAAAAAUUGACUCCAAGAUUCAAAUUAAUUAAUUUAUGCAAUUACUCAAAAAUGAGAUAUUAACUGUUAAACCUAAUGAAAUUAUUGUAACAACUAUUUAAGUUCUUCGGAAUUGCAAAUUAAUUGGAUUUAUGUAACCAUGUAUUAAUGGGAUCGAUUAAAUGUAAGAAUAAACAUUACUCUUUACCAUACAUUAAGGAUAUAAUCUUCUUGAAUUCAUCUAUCAAUAGCAAUUGUAAUUGAAUCACAAUUAAUUAAAUCUCAUUAAUAAUCAAUAUUUUAUUAAAAUAACACCUAUUUUACUUGAAUCAAAUAAAGAAUAUACAAUAGCAUUACAAUCAAAAACAAAAGUACAUUUAAAUUAAUUUUAUAAAUCAGCUAUUGAAAAUCCAUAUCUAAAAUUUAUUAAAGUAAACUAUUUUUAUUUUUUAGGUACUUGAGACUGACUACAAACAGAUUGAUCAAAAAGUUGAAAUUAUUAUAAAUCAUGGUUAGUUUCCAAUUUUGAUUUUAGAGACUAUUGUUACAAAAUGA